AUGUCGACGGACAGAGAAAGCUCUUCAUUGCCAUGUCCCUUCGACAAAGACGAUCAGCUCAAUGGUGAUCUCGAUGCAUCGCUUGAUUAUUUGCCAGGUCAACCUCGUAUCAAAAUGAGCGAACAUAAGGGCUUGUUUGAUUUCAUUCUCAAAGAAGUCUGGCCAGAGGACCUCGAGUCGAUAUCGGGCAGACUCUGGUGGAUGUCGAAGCAUGAUAGCAGCAUAUCUCUCCGUUGCAUCGACAGCGAGUGA